GUUCGACAAAUUGCCCAGAUGGCAAAAGCUGGGCACGUGGAAUAGUAUUUCCCCCAAUUUUUUCCCCGCGCAAUUUCCCCGCAAUUUUUUGCACGACUAACAAAAGACCCAUCUCCUUCAGCUCUCACUCUCAACCGUUCUGCAAAUACCCUAGAAACAAUUUAUGCGUUGAACUCUCGCGCGAUGGCUCACUCUCAUCUUUUCCUUACUUUGCCUUCAUCGUGUGACAGCGCCUUCAACACUGAGCCCUUCAAUUACCCUCGAAAGAUUGGAAACGGUGACAUAGUUGUGGAGCAUUUAUCAAGCUGAUUGUUAGAAGUGCUCCCUUCAAUCCAAUAGUAUUUUUGCUUGUUAUAGAUUCAACACAAUGAAGAGCAAGUCGGCUGGUCGUCCUAGGACUAUAUCUGAGGUUUUAAGUAACAAAAAAUCUCGUAUGGACAACUUGAAUGCCUUCCCGAGCCAACUAUCAUCUCACGCACCUAUAUUGCAGCCACUGUCACAACAAUUGCAACCACCAUUGUAGGAUAUGCACCCACCAUUGUAGACUCGUCCUAGGACUAUGUAUGAGGUGUUAAGUAACAAAAAAUCUCGUAUGGACAACUUGAAUGCCUCCUCGAGCCAGCUAUCAUCUCACACACCUAUAUUGCAACCACCGUCACAGCAAGUGCAGCCACCGUCACAACCAUUGCAGCCACCAUUGCAGGAUACACACGUUAUGCGGAAAAGGAAGGUUGGCCGUCCUAGAUCUCAACCACAACAACAGCAAGUAUCGACUCAUGAUACCACUCAUCCUACCUCACAUCCAUCAUCAUCAUCAUCUACUUCCGCUCAAGCCAACACGAUGUCAAAUUCUUGUGACACUGGAUCCAAGCAUGGUCGAAGCAAAUCUUUAGGGAUUAAGGGCUGGGGUUCUGGAAGUAAACUAAAAGUCCAGUUUGAUGCGAAUAAUAAACCACGUGGAGAUGAAGGCAACUCCUUGACAGGGCAAUUGGGUAUUAUGGUGCGAAACUCUUAUCGUGUACCAUUCACAUAUCUAAAUUGGAAAUCCGUCCCCAAUCAUAUUAAAGAGGGUAUCUGGAAACAGGUCCAGGAUAAUUUGGAGUUCUGCCCAGAAGAAUACGAGAGUGUAUGCAUGGACUCUUGUCGCAGAAUAUAUAAGGAUAACAAAGCCAAGAUAAAGGCUGAACAUUAUACGUCCUACAUGUUUCCAGAUGCAGAUCCAAACAUAGCCUUAAGAGUGCCUGAUUUUGUUGAUCCAGAUCAGUGGAAAGAACUUGUAGAGUAUUGGCAAAUUGAGGAAGUAGCAGCCAAAGCCCUUCGUAACAAAGGGAAUCGAAGUUGGCGCGGCGCACCUCAUAACACUGGCCGGACACCCUUUUCCCAAAUAAGAUAUGAUCUAGCUGCAAAUGGAGAGAGCCUUGACAAGAUGAGUAUCUACUUGCAGACACGGAGACAAGACAACCCUGAAGUUAAAGAGAUAAUGUUUCCAGAUGCGGCAAGUGGACAUCGAACUGUAAGAGAUCAGUCUAUCGGAGGUGACACCCUGACAUUGGAGCGAGGUCAUAGAACACCGACACAUUCUCCAGGACCUGUUGAGCAGUUUGGACGAGAAGUAUACUUGCAAACGUCUCAUAUUCCAAAGUACGAUGUGGGUGAAGGGCUACUUAUUAGUUCAGAUCCUGACAUACAAUUAGAUGGAGAACGAUUGGGUGAAGGCUAUUGUAAAGUAUAUGUUGGUAAAGCAAUAAUGCCCCAUGUUCUUUUGGAAAGAACUCGUCCAGGUGUAGACACUGUUGGAGAUGCUCUUGGCCGUUAUGUUGCAUGGAAUUUUUGUGAUGUGAUCGAGAAAGAGAUGGACGAUUAUUGAGUGUGUUCUUUACAAUUUGUAGUCUUUCUCUUAGAGACUUUGUUUAGUUUUUCAUUUGCUCUAGGUGUUUUAGUAUUUUUGUCUAUGUGGUUGAAAGAGAUGGAUGAUAUUGGAUUGUGUUGUGUUGUUAUUAGGAAUUUGAGAAUUAUGGUUUUGUUCAACUUGAUUUUGAAUAUGGAUGAAUGGAUGAUUUCGA